CAAAUCAACGGCUCAGAUCUCCUCCCCCGUUUCUGGCUCUUCGUUAUCUUCCCCAACCUUCCCCUUCUCUGCACUCUCCCUCUCUCUCUCUCUCUCAAAUCGCCUCGAUUGAAUCGUAUAUCUGUGAGAGGGAAGCUUCUAGAGCAGACAUGAUGGUGGGGAAGAGAGGUCGGCCGCCGAUGAAGAGGACUACGAGCAUGACCGAAUUCACCUUGGAUCUCAACGGCGGAGCUGUGGCGCAGCUCUAUCAGCCGUCGGAUCCUCACAAUCCGUUCAACGGCGACCUAAAUCAACACUACGCCGCGGCUGCUCCGAGGCUCCAGCGGCGCAAUUCGGCGGAUUACGCUCAAACUGCUAGUUUUCUGAGGGCUUGCUCCUUCUGCAACCGCCGCCUCGUCCCUGGCCACGAUAUCUUCAUGUACAGAGGUGAUAGUGCUUUCUGCAGUCUAGAGUGCAGGCAGCAGCAAAUUAAUCAGGACGAGAGAAAAGAUAAGUGUUCAAUUACGGCGGCGAAGAAGGAAGCCGCCACCGCCGGCGGCGGCGAUAAGGUGACGGCGGCGCAGAUAGGCUAAAACUAGCAUCUAUGUGUAUGUAUGUAUGUAUGUAUCCAUAUUGGAUGGGUAUAUGAAUAUGCAUGUAAAUUGGGGCUGUGUUUGUAUUUUCACCUCUCAAGGUGAUGGGAAAAGUUUUGGUGUAAAGCUAUUUCAUGCUUCCAAUUAAUUAAAAUCAAUUUACAAAAUCCAAA